AUGUUGGACUGGAGUAAUAUGAGUGUCUACCUUUUUCUCGCUGUUACUCUAUUGCAGUGGACUGGCUUCACUAAGGCUUCAACAGAGAGAUUUGACUCUCCUAUUGUUUUGGAUGUCGGACUGCGAUCCGUAUCGAAUGAAGAGAAAUCAGCUGAUCUGGCAGCUAAACUUUUACUAUUAGAUGAGCUGGUCUCUCUUGAAAAUGAUGUGAUUGAGACUAAGAAAAAGAGAAGCUUUUCUGGUUUUGGGUCUCCUCUGGACAGGAUAUCUGCAGGUACCAGUGAAAUAAAAGGAAAGCAAAGGAAAGUUGUGGAUCUUCCAAAAAGAAGAUUUGGGAUUCCCAUUGACAGGAUUGGCAUGAACCGCCUUGCUAAUGCUAGAGGCUAA